UAAAUGGGAUGAGCCUGGAUCACAAAAUUUUUAGCGCGUCCGGCCGUUCGCCCAGCGCCCAUCCAUCUCAUCCCAGCGCGUCCGACCACCAAAAUAGGCGCCGCCCGCCGCCCGGACCCGAUCGCCUCCCAAUCCCGGGCCGCCGUGCGCCCGUCCGCCGCGGCCACCUCCCUGGCCUCCUCGUCACCUGCGGCGGCACCCUCUGCGCCGCCACCGCGUUCACGCGCUCCCGUCGCUGUCGGCCCCGCUCCCCUAUUUAUAUCCCCGCCCCGUCGCUGUCGGCAGGCGCGCAUCAAGCUCCUGCCCCCCCUUUCCUCUUCAUCCUCUCCUCCCUCGCGGCGCGCACGCUCUCCGCCCUCCCAAGUCCCAAGGAAACCUAUCCACCAUUCCGGCGGUCGAUACAUCCAUCCGUCCAGGGAGAGCAAGGAAUAAUCAACCAAUCGGCCAGCGAAUCAGUCGAAGGGAGGAGGAGAGCCGGAGUCCGACCAGCGCGGCGCGGGUUGGUGGUCCCUUGCGUCUCCGGCUCUGCCCCGCGGCGCCGUCUUUUGUGGUUCUUGCGUUGCGUCGAGGAAGCAGAAUCCGCGACGAGGAGAAGGAGGGAGAGGCGUUCAUCGGGUUGCGCUGCGUCUGUCGCACGGCAAGACGGCGGCGUUGAAGAUGCGGGUGCUGGAGGAGGACCUCUUCCCCUCCACCCCGGGCAAGGUGAAGAUCGAGCGGGCGGGCGCCAUGAACCGGCAGCUCCACCGCUGCUUCGCGUCCACCAGCACCAUGUUCCUGUGGGCGCUGUUCCUCGUCGCCAUGACGGCGUCCUACCUCAGCUUCCAGUCCUUCGUCGACACCUCCUCCAAGUACUUCGCCGCCUCCUGGGGCGGCCUGCACUGGGAGAGGCAGAUCCGCGCGUCCGCCGUGCCGAGGCGGCCCCCCGGGUCAGCCGCCGGGGCCGGGAUGUCGGUGCUCGUCACGGGCGCCGCGGGCUUCGUGGGCACCCACUGCUCCCUCGCCCUCCGCAGGCGCGGCGACGGCGUGGUCGGCGUCGACAACUUCAACGCCUACUACGACCCGUCGCUGAAGAAGGCGCGCAGGGCGCUGCUCGCCUCCCACGGGGUGUUCGUCGUCGAGGGCGACAUCAACGACGGCCGCCUCCUGGCCAAGCUCUUCGAUGUCGUGCCCUUCACCCACGUGCUCCACCUCGCCGCGCAGGCCGGCGUGCGCUACGCCAUGGAGAACCCGGCGUCGUACGUGCACUCCAACGUCGCCGGCCUCGUCACGCUCCUCGAGGCCUGCAAGGACGCCGACCCGCAGCCGGCCAUCGUCUGGGCCUCCUCCUCCUCCGUCUACGGCCUCAACGACAAGGUCCCCUUCUCGGAGCGCGACCGCACCGACCAGCCGGCCUCACUCUACGCGGCCACCAAGAAGGCCGGCGAGGAGAUCACGCACACGUACAACCACAUCUACGGACUCUCCAUCACCGGCCUCCGCUUCUUCACCGUGUACGGGCCCUGGGGCCGCCCCGACAUGGCCUACUUCUCCUUCACCCGCAACAUCCUUCAGGGGAAGCCCAUCACGGUUUACCGCGGCAAGGACCACGUGGACCUGGCCCGCGACUUCACCUACAUCGACGAUAUUGUCAAGGGCUGCCUCGCCUCCCUGGAAACGGCCGGCAAGAGCACCGGCACCGGCGGCAAGAAGCGCGGGCCGGCGCCCUACAGGAUCUUCAACCUCGGCAACACCUCUCCCGUUACGGUGCCCAACCUGGUGUCCAUCCUGGAGAAGCACCUCCGCGUCAAGGCCAAGAAGAACGUGGUCGAGAUGCCCGGCAACGGCGACGUGCCCUUCACGCACGCCAACAUCUCCCUAGCCAGGGAGCAGCUCGGGUACAAACCCACCACCAACCUGGACGUCGGCCUCAAGAAGUUUGUCAAGUGGUACCUGUCCUAUUACGGCUACACCAGGGGAGGAUCCAAGAACUCGCGACAUUGAUCCGAUGUUCGUCGAAGAAAAAUCCUUCGCUUGGUGUGGAGAGGUCUGGAGGAAGAAAGCAAUGGAGAGCAGUCUUUUUUUUUUCCUUUUUCCUUCCUCCGUCUUCUUUCUCUCUGUGUAAAUUGGCCGUUCUCCAUUAAUCAAACUGCAAUUCUAAAGUCGCGCUGUUCAUUGCGCCGUCAGACUGUCAGAGUAACCGCCGGAGACGAGGGAGAAGAAAUCGGCGGUCCGGUCCGGUCCGGUCGUGGCAGUCCUCGUGCAAAUAGCCCGCGGCAACGUGGGCCUCGCCGUCGUGGAUAAGAUAAGCGGCCUGCGACUGCCAGCGUGGUGGCGUGAGGUACCUCGAACCGCGCGAAGUGGUCGCCAGCUGGCUCCCGCCUCGCUCGGUCCCUCUGCACUGCCGGUGGGCCAUCUGCAGCUUUGUUGCUCCGUGGGACCCAUAUGUCUGUUGAGUCUGAAUGGAGAUGGGUCAUGUUCAUGCCUGUGGGGUUCAUACCCCACGUAAUGGUAGCUCACAUGGGUGGGGCCGUCAGACGCGGUUGCGUGGGCCUUCGUCUCUGAGCUGCCAUAGAGGAUAGUACGAACUGCAAUUCUUUUAUAUAUCAAACUGGAUGCGAAUGUGCAUUGUGCUU